AUGAACCGCACUGGGUUUUAUCUACUGAACAUCCCGCGGCAGGCAUGCGCUAUGCGACAAAAUAUUCAAAAGUCGGUAAAAUUCUAUUCUGCGACUAUGGGUCCUAAACCAGUCACACGUGAUGAGCUUCUCAGCAGAUUCGAUACAUUUCUUUUUGAUGCUGAUGGGGUUCUGUGGACUGGUGAUGUGCCAAUCGCAGGCGCGGUUGAUUUCCUAUCGACCUUGGAGAAGGCAGGAAAACGAAUAUUUGUUAUCAGCAACAAUUCAACAAAGACACCAGAGCAGUACAUGGAAAAAGUGGAACACCUGGGGUUCAAAGGGGUGAAGAUGGAACAACUCAUCACUCCAGCCAUUGUGUUAGCGGCUUACUUCAAAGACCGACCAGAGUAUGCUGGGCAGAAUGUCUAUCUCAUGGGAGUCGAAAACUUGAAGAAGACCUUAGAGACUAGAGGUGGAGUGCGAUGUUUUGGAACCGGGCCAGAUCAUUUUGUCAGUGGGCAAACAUUCUCCUACACUUUCGACGCUUCUACGGUUCCUAAGGCUGUAGUCUGCAGUUACGACGGUCAUCUGAGCUAUCCGAAGAUACAGAAAGCUGCGACGUUUCUGAAGCGCCCGGGAGUGGAGUUUUUGGUCACAAAUGAGGACUACACUUUCCCUGGUCCUUAUCCAGAUAUCGUUGUUCCUGGAGCGGGCACUACAUCGGCCGCUGUUCGAGCAGUCUCCGGACGGGUCCCUAUCGUUAUAGGAAAGCCGCACAAACCCAUAGCAGAUUUUUUGAAGAAACAUCAUCAUAUCGAUGCCUCGAAGACAGUCAUGUUCGGCGACCGGCUAGACACUGACAUCCAGUUCGCGAACGACAAUGGCUUCACAAGUUGUUUUAUGCUUACCGGCGUGAAUACAAUGGAUGACGUGAUUAAGGCGGAACAACGCGGACAAACUCAUCUUUUGCCGACGUUUUCGACCACUGUUAGCGCAUGGAAAAGCGGAGACGUAAAAGAUCACGGAGUGGAGAAAGCACCCGAGCAACCAGCAAAACCUCAAGGAUGGAUCAGCAAACUGUUGUCUGGCCAACAAAUGGACCCCAGUGGUUGGCAAAAGCAGAGUCACUCUAGCCUUCUCAGUACAUCAGAGCAUAUCUACGAAUUUGCCACACACAAUUAUCAUCCUGGACAGAAGGAUAAGUAUCUAGAAGUUUUCGGCAAGUACAAGCAAGAACAGAGUGAGAAACUACCAUCGGUUAAUUUGAUUGGUUCGUGGACUGUGUCGUACGGAAGAACAAGAGAUCAAGCCAUACAUUUGUACCGACACACAAACGGAUACAAAGAUGUGGAUAACUCUAUUCAAAUGCACGCGACAGAUGGUGCACUCACUACAGCUGACACUGAGGUGGCGAAACUUUGUGGACGUCGAAAAAAUAUCAUUGUGAAGUCGUUCAGUUACUGGCGUGAGCCGGAACAACGACCACCCUCGCAUGUGUACGAUAUGCGUAGUUAUGUACUUACCCCUGGAUCAAUGAUCGAAUGGGCUAGCGCAUGGUCUAAAGGAAUAACGUAUAGGCGAGACGCUAAUCAAGAUGUGGGAGGAUUUUUCGCUCAGGUCGGCCAGCUCUACAUUGUGUACCAUAUUUGGGCAUAUCCAUCCAUGUGUGCUCGAAAUGAGACUCGUCACGCAACAUGGGCAAAACCUGGCUGGGAUGCUACUGUGGCCUACACAGUUCCGCUGAUCAAGAAGAUGCAGUCGAAGAUCCUGACACCUACCAAAUACUCCAUGCUGCAGUAGAAAAAUUCACAUCUAACCUGGAAAAAUGCCUUUGAAAGUCUACCUCAUUUUAUUCACCUCAUAGGUUGCCAAUUACAUCAUUAUAUGUACCUCUUACGUAUAUAUGUUGUUAAUACUACUCGAUAUGUGCAAAUUUGAAAAUACGUUGUAACAAUUUGUAUGAAGUUUUAUCAAACAAUCUAUAUGCAAUUUUAGUGACUUGUUUUAAUAAAUGUAAGUAUCGUGAAUUACAAUUUUGUCG